AUGCCAGAACCCAAGGAUGCCAGUGACUCCAAUAUUGUCGAUCGCAAACAUAUGACAGCACAAGAUGUUGUACACGAUGUCUGGAUAGGUCUUGAUCUCCCUGAAGCUGCCUUGGCAUCACUCAAACUCCCGGGAGACGAAGGUCCGGCUUUGCCCUCAUCAUCCAAGAUUGGAAUCCUUGCACAAGCCUCCAUUGCACUAUCUGCUUUGGCAGCCGCCCAAAUCCACGCCCGUCGCAAUCAAUCCCCCGUUCCCCAAGUCACAGUCCCCCUCGAACACGCCGUAAUCGAAUACAAAUCUGAAAGAUUGUACACAAUCGAUGGUCAACCUACACCAGCCCGGGGAACUAUCGGAGGAUUGCACAAGACAUCGGAUGGUUAUGUUCGUAUCCAUGACUCAUUCCCCAACCAUGUUCACGGCACACUCAAGCUAUUGAGACUCCCACUGGAUGCAAACAGACAGCAAGUAUCUGAGAGAACAGCUAAAUGGGCUGCUAUAGACUUGGAGAACUGUGCGACUGUAGAGGGCGAGACGGCUGUCUACGCCUUACGUUCAUAUGAACAGUGGGACCAGCUUCCACAGCCUCUUUCGCAAAAUAUGCAAGGUGGAAAUACCAAAUGUCUCCAAGGUCUCCGCGUGGUUGAGAUGAGUCGAGUCAUCGCAGCGCCUCUAUGUGGCAAGACCCUCGCAGCCCAUGGCGCUGAAGUUAUAUGGGUCACCUCCCCCAACUUACCAGAUCUCCCUGUCCUCGAUCGCGAGUUUGGUCGCGGCAAAAAGACGGUUCAACUCGACAUACAUCACGCUGACGACCACAAGAAGCUUCUCGACCUGCUCCGGGGGUGCGAUGUGUUUGUUCAGGGCUACAGGCCUGGAAGCUUGGCUUCGUAUGGAUUGUCCCAGGAAGAAUUGAUCAAGAUCAAUCCAAACAUCAUUGUGGCCAAUAUGUCAGCUUUCGGCCCUGAUGGUCCAUGGUCAGGUCGUCGAGGAUUUGAUUCAAUGGUCCAAACAUGUUCGGGGAUGAACGUUUCCGAAGCCGAACACGCAGGACAAGGAGAGGCUGCUCGUCCAUUACCGUGUCAAGCCCUGGAUCAUUCUGGCGGAUAUAUGCUCGCAGUCGGAGUAAUGGCUGCUGUCUAUCAUCGAGAGAUCAAAGGUGGUUCGUGGAAAGUAGACGUGUCAUUAGCAGGCAUGAUGAAAUAUUUGAGGAGCUUGGGGCAAUAUCCUGGCUCAAGCGGCUUCGUUGCUAAAGAUUACAAGAGACCUGAAGAUGUCCCUGAACAAUACUUUGAAACUGGAGAUACGGCCUUCGGCAUAAUGAAGUCGAUAAAGCACAGCGCUUCAAUCGAAGGUGUGCAGGUUGGUUGGGAUUUGAUGCCCAAGCCAUUGGGAUCUGACAGUCCAGCCUGGGGCUAG